AUGGUGGGCUUCAAGGGUCGGUCAUCUCUAAAGCAGUACAUGCCGAUGAAGCCCACCAAACGGGGAUUUAAAAUUUGGGCAUUAGCUUGCUCCAAAUCUCACUAUUUAGUGAAUUUCCAAAUCUACGAAGGUAAAAAUAACAAUAACAAAUUUGCAAGCCUUUCGCUAGGAGAGAAAACUGUUAUGCACUUAUGUGAACCAUUUUUAGAAAAAGCUUAUUGUGUCUAUUUUGACAACUUUUUUAGCAGUUUUCGCUUACUUUCCAAAUUGUAUGAUAAAAACACAUUUGCUUGUGGCACAUUUAGGACGAACCGAAAAAAUUACCCCAAGGAAUUAUUAGCAGAUGAGAAGGUGUUGAAAACUGGUCAGUCUGAUUGUGAUAUGUCUGACGACAUUUCAGUGGCCAAAUGGAAAGAUCGUGGCAAGAAAUCUGUUGUUGUGAUAAGUUCGAUGCAUAACCCAAAUGUAAAGGAAACUGUUUUGAGAACAAAGUUGGAGAUAGAGAAUCUGUUAGUUGUCCCGCCUCGAUCUAUGACUACAACAAAUUUAUGGGUGCUGUUGAUAGUUUCGAUCAGCUAA